AUGCUAAAAGUCUCCAUCACACAGGAUGGCGACACCUGCGGCUCUUCUGCCUCCACACCUCACACUGAGGACUCCUCUGCCUCCACACCUCACACUGAGGCCUCCUCUGCCACCACACCUCACACUGAGGCCUCCUCUGCCUCCACACCUCACACUGAGGCCUCCUCUGCCACCACACCUCACACUGAGGACUCCUCUGCCACCACACCUCACACUGAGGACUCCUCUGCCACCACACCUCACACUGAGGACUCCUCUGCCACCACACCUCACACUGAGGACUCCUCUGCCACCACACCUCACACUGAGGACUCCUCUGCCACCACACCUCACACUGAGGACUCCUCUGCCACCACACCUCACACUGAGGACUCCUCUGCCUCCACACCUCACACUGAAGACUCCUCUGCCACCACACCUCACACUGAGGACUCCUCUGCCACCACACCUCACACUGAGGACUCCUCUGCCUCCACACCUCACACUGAGGCCUCCUCUGCCACCACACCUCACACUGUGGUGUGGUGGUAG